CACGAGCUGGGAAAUCAUGAGCCCCUGCCAGCCAGCAGAGACCCUCCGCACAGGGGACAAGCACCUCGCAGUUGGUGGGGACUUGGGCCAGGCCAAGAUGGAGCGGUCCAGCCUUGCGGCCAGGGGGGUGGGAGAGCUGUCUGUCCCAUUGGACUCCUCCAGACAGAGCCCCAAAGUGACCUCGCACACCAGACAGGAGAAGCUGGAAGGGCUCCGUCCACAGGCUGGCGCAGGCCCCUCGUCUGCCCAGAGCUCCCCCAGUCCCUUGCGGAGAACCACGGCACAGGCACGCUGCGACGCAUCUGAGCCACGACCUGCAGCUGCUCUCAGGCUUCGGGACCAGCUGCCCCCCAGGGCCAGACGCCUCUCUGGAGACAGCGACUCCUCCACGUCAUCCGCCCAGAGCGGCCCCCUGGGCAGGAGGCAUGGCGAGGACGGUGCCUUCCAAAGGGUGCCCAGGAAGGCGGGGGGGAGGCGCGCGUCCGAGGGGACCCCCACAAAGCAGCCUUCUAGCCGGAGCCAGUCUCAGGAGCGCGGGGCCCUCCGGGGGCAGAGGAGGACAGCCCCUGAGGAGCGGGGCCGGCCUCGCCUGGCCAAAGGGCCUGGCAAGCCCAGCCCCCGAGCGCAGAGCCAGGAGCCAGUGCUGCUCAUCAGCCGAGGGAAGGACGGGCAGCACUCCUGGGCCAGGACCGCCGGGCUGAAGGAGAGCAGCCGAGCCAGCCCCAGGAACAAAAGCCUGACACGGGGCGGCUCCAGCAGCCCAGCACCUGCCGCUCGCCGAGCCCUUCCGAGCAGCAGUGUGGCCGAGCCCUCGGGCCGGGUGCCGCAGCAGCCCCUGGGGCCUGAGAGACAGUGGCAGGCGGGUGAGUCUGAGUCCGGGGUCCCUGCGAGGGGGCGGCUCCUUGGGCAGAGCCCCCAGGCCCAGGAGCUGGAGGGGCUGGCGAAGAGCUUCCGGACCCCCCUGCGCCUGGACCCUAGCCAGGAGCAGCAGCUGUACCGGCACCUGGAGGAGGAGUUCCUGGCCAACUCCCAGCUGUUGGCGCUGGCCGGGGAUGAGGAGGAGCCCCUGGGCUGCACCCAGCAGACCACGCCAGACGCAGGGGCUGUUGACUCUGCCUACUGUUCCUCCAGCUCCUCCUCCUCUUCCCUGAACUUCUUCACUAAGCACGGCCUCCAGGCCGACUUUGAGCCCAAGAGGAACCUGGCGCCCCAGCGCCCAUGGGCCCCCACUGAGCUCCCGAACGGCUCUGUCUGGGACUCCGUGGCCCCGGAACUGGCCUCGCGCCGGAGGAAGCCAGCUCUCUCGAGUUCCUCAGAUGAAAGUAACUCCCCGGCGGUGGGCUCCGGGCCUUGGACCAGCGUGGAGCUGGCGGGCUCAGACACAGAGGAGCUGACUGAGGCCCAGGAGGGUUCUGUAGCGGGGAGGUGGGGCGAGGCGCCGCAGGGACUCCAGCCGCAGGAGGCCCCGAAGAAACCGGAGCAAGAGCUUUCCAGCUACAAGCUGAGGCCACGUGUGGAUGUGCAGCUGGACAAGAAACCCUCCAAGAUCCCCACGCCGCGCAGCUACCAGAUGUCAGGCACCUUGUCCACGCGCCCGGCGGAGCACAGGCGCCCGCGGACCUUCUCCUCUGCAGAGCCCCCGUGGGGCCAGACGGAGCCGGGAGGGCCAGAGGAAGGUGCCUGGGCCUGAUGGCUGGCGCCCGAGCCUGUAGCAUUCCCCGCUGCUGCUUCAAAAUCCACUGCCUUGCUGUGCUGCUACGGGAGGGGGACGAGUGGCCAGAGUCCCGGCCUCUUGAUUUGUGCCUCUGCAGGGAGCGUCCGUUUGCAGGCCGGAGCAGGGGCGGCUCUCAUACGCUCUGAGCCUGGCUUUCAGGGCCACGGGCUCAGGCUGGAAUAGCUCUGGGCCACUCCCUCCCUCUGCCCUGAAAGCCACGGGGCUCUGCUCACGGUAGCAGAGGAGGGGGCUGCCCACCAGUCUCCAGGCGAAGGCAGUGGCCUUGGAUGUGUGGGGGGUUUUAUUGACUGACUGUGGCUUGGGGUGGAGGGAGGGUGAGCAAACCGUGCUGCAUGUUCUUGGAGGCGCUGCUGGCCCCGAGCCGGGGCUCCCAGCACUGAGCCUGCGCCGUGCUGUACCGUGUGCUGCACUCAGAGAUAAUAUAUUGACCACGUCGCUGCUCGCAUAGCUGGCGUUAGCCCUAGGACUGCAGCACUGGGACUUACCCAGGACAGUAAAAGCUAAUGAACCCACCCUGUGCUGUCUGGCCCGAUUUGUCUCGAGCUGGGGCCGUGGGCUUAGGACCCCCAAAAGCGCAACUGAGGCAGGGUUCACCUGCCCCUCACAUUGCCCAGCAAUGUUCCCGCUACUCGUCUCCAGCCAUGCCAACAUGCACCACUGGGAGAAACACAAGCCCAGCUGCGGGCGCGUCUGAACCUCUGCUGAGCAGCUGCACAAGUGCCCAGCUCACAGGGACGCUGUUGGAGGGGCAGAGGAAGUGAAGGCAGCGCUACUUCCCCCUUGGAGACACUGUGAUUGGGGGGGAGUGCCAGCUGGGUUAAAUGGCCUGGCCUGACUCGGGGGGAUGGGCAGUGGCCCAAGAGCAGCACUUCAAACUCCAGCUGCCCCAGCCCUGUGCGUGUGUGCAAGGGGAAGCUAUAGCCUGAGCCACAGCAGCUGAGAUGGGGCCUCUGCCUAGUAGGCUCAGCACAGUCCUGACCUAAGCAUCCAGGGUGCUCCAUGCCCCCCCCUUGACACCUGUGGGUCCUUGCAGGCUCCAAGCAGCUGCAGCGUUCUUGUGCGAGGCCCUGCUGCCCAUGUGCUGCGCUAAGCUGCUGUUUGUGCCACCGGUGCACCAAGCAGAGCUUCCCCGCCCUGCCCGUGUAUUCUGAGAGGGGGCUGCUUAGCCCCAGGGUGGGACUUGGGACCCUCCCACGUUGGCGGGGGGAGGUGCCCUUUCGCUUUACACAUGCUGCCCACAGCAGUGGGAGAGCAGGAGAGACGGGGCAGAGCUGUGGGGGAACCAGCCUUCUCCCAUCAUCCCCAACCCAAUACGCUGCAGCACCUGGUACCCAAAAGGCUUUUCCUCCCCUGGCAGUGCAGUAGCGGCCAGGAAGGGGAUUCCCUCCACCCCGCCUGAGGGAGAACAGACAGGUUCCCCCCAUGGUCAGCGGGGCAUGGCCCGGCUCCUGCCCUCGUCAAAGAGGGGGCGUCAGGUGCUGCUCCACGGCAGGCCAGGGAAGCAAUGGGCGCAGGCACGCACAGCUGCAGAGCCAAGAGGGGCCUGAGUUUCAGCUUGGCCGCUGCCGAGAAAGUGGUCUGGAGCCCGGCGCCCAUCUGAGCCAUGGCCAGUACGGUGUAAUGUGCGCAGCUCCUCUUCAGUCAGCGCACAUCCAGGACAGCCCGGGGCGCUCUGCUCUGCUCCGCUCCCAGCACAUAGCCCUUGCAGGCCAUGGGCCAGAGAGCCCUGGGUGGGCCCUGCUCUGAGUGCCCCACAGCCAGAAGCCAGGGCAAAGGGCUGAGCCAAGGCUAGGCCUGGGAGAAGGGGGCCGAGUCCCAAGCCAAGCAGCUGCACGAUCAGAGGCUGCUUGCCUGGCCCCCGGCGCUGCAGGGCUGGAACAGGGCACCGCUAGGCACUGGUACUUUCCCACACACAAGUACACAUACCAGCUCUACUAAAUAUAUUUAGUGGCAGGUGCUGCAGCCUCACCCCGCUCAGGGGGCGAAGCGCUGUGCUGGGAUUUCUGGAGGGCGAAGAACAUCGGCACUGGUUUCCGGGGCCCACGGCCCCUUCCCCGACAGCAGCCACCACCAGGACAAGCCACCAUGCUGAGCGGAAGGGCAGCGCUUGCUGCUGCGGUAAAGGAGGCAGGGAGCAGCAAGAGGCGGUGCCUGAGGACACACUCUCCUGGGAAGCGGCCCCCGGGCAGGGAGGGUUACGCAACCUUAGCACAGGGUUCGGCUCCAGCGCCCUCUCCCAGGGCAUCAGAGCCCUGGCCGGCAGCAGCCCUCGGCUCCGCUAUGGUGGAGGGGCGCCGCUGCCACCAGCCCGAGAGGAUGCGGCGUUUUGACGGGCUAGCAGGCGCUCCAGCCCGCUGCUCUGAGGGGACCGGGGAGCUACCCCGUCGGGCGCUGCACUCUGCCUUGUGGGCCACGCGCUUGGGGAGGGCAGGGAAUGCAGAACACGGGCCUUUCACAUGUUUAAGAGGAAGGGCAGCUCUCCCUGGAGACCUCCCAGCACGAAGCAAAGAUCCAAGGCAGCCACCCAGCCUACAGCAGCCAAGAGCCCGAAAUCAUUUUAACUCCUGCUUCAUCCCCCGGGCUGAGACUUGGGCCAAGCUUCCGCAGGAAUCCCUAGUCGCCAGCCCCUCCACCCAGGAAGGGUGGCUCAGAGCAGCCCCACGGGGGCGCCUGGCUGUCCCAGGCCGACGGGAGACAGAGCCCCAUGCAUAGGGUGCUCCAGCAGGGCUAGCCCGUCGG